AUGGGCCUUCUACUCUCUGUCAUCGACCAGAAUUUCCCUCCCAAGGCGAAGUGGGGGGUAGACAACAUACCCGACCUGUCCUCGAAAGUCAUCAUAGUGUACUUGGCUUGCAGAGACCAACAGAAAGCAGACGACGCCAUUCGCCGUUUAAAGGAAGAAACUGGCAGGAAGGCGCUUUACCUUUCUCUUGACUUGUCCGACCUCGAGUCCGUGAAACGCGCCGCAAUGCAGUUCCAGGAACAGGAGCAAGCGCUUCAUAUUCUUUUCAACAAUGCCGGUGUCAUGUCUCCACCCAUCUCAGCCCUGACGAAGCAGGGCUAUGAUUUGCAGUUCGGUACCAACGUACUCGGCCAUUUUUAUUUCACCAAGUUGCUGCUCCCUUGUCUCAAGACCGCCGCCCAGUCAUCUCCCGACCACGUUGCUCGGGUCAUCAAUACGUCCUCGCAGACGCAUGUGAUAGGUUCUCUCAAUUUCAACGCAUUCACCGACACGCCCACGCGCCGGAAGAUGUCCCAAAAUGCCCUGUAUGCUCAGAGCAAAUUUGGAAAUGUUGUAUUCUCUAACGAGCUCGCGAAGCGGUAUGGACUAGAGGGUAUCAUGUCUGUCGCUCUCCAUCCAGGCUCGCUGACCACCGAUCUCGGACGCCACCUUCCUCCCUUGAUGCGCGCCAUUAUCCACUCGCUGUGUCACACUCCGCCUGAGGGUGCGCUCACCCAGCUGUGGGGCGGCACUGCCCCCGAGGCCGCGACUCUGAAUGGCAAGUAUCUCAUCCCUUGGGCAAGAAUCGGCCUUCCCGACAAGAAGACCUCCGACGAAGCGCAGGGCGCUAAACUCUGGGAGUGGUGUGAGGAGCAAGUGAAAGACAUAUGA